AUGACGUCAUUCAACGUUAUCUACAGUUUUAUGGAUCAGUAUGAGGGAAGCCAUCAAUCUAAUGAGCUGGCUUCGCGGUUGGAGAAGUUAGAGCCUCUGUGGGAGAAGAUAAACGAAGCUAUUUCGGAGGCUGAGCUGGUCGAUAGUGAAGAGGGGGCGGUAGGCGAGAGGUAUGUAAAGGAUCGUGUGGAGUUUCAGAAUAAAUUUUACAUUUUGAAGGGAUUCUUGGUUUCUAAACUUCUGGACAACCCUGAACAAAAUGCAGCCUUGCAUACGUCUCAGGUUUUAGAGUCCACCCUUGCACCCCCACACCCACAUGUGAAAUUACCGCUGAUUAGUCUACCGAAGUUUUCUGGUAAUGUGGAGGAGUGGCUAGCAUUUAGAGAUUUGUUCGUUUCACUUAUUCAUUUCUCAACGGAGUUGCCAGAUAUCGAAAAAUUUCACUAUCUUCGAAGUCAGUUGGAAGGUGAAGCUUUAGCAGUGAUUGCUUCAUUGCCAUUAACACAAGCGAAUUAUACUGUGGCAUGGGAGUUGUUGGUUAAGCGAUUUUCAAACAGCAAGUGUUUGAAAAAGAAACAGGUGCAAGCGCUCUUCGAUCACUCAAGUAUGAGAAAAGAGUCGGCUGCAGAAUUACAUAAGUUGGUUGAGGGUUUCGAAAAGGCAACCAAAAUAUUGGACCAGGUUGUCCAACCAGCGGAUUACAGAGAUCUGCUGUUGAUUCAUCUGUUAAGUUCACGACUGGACGAUAAAACGCGUCGUAGCUGGGAGGAACAUUCAUCGACGCUGGAGGAGGAGAGCUUUAAGGACAUGAUGGAAUUUUUACUUCGCCGCAUUCGAGUGCUAGAAUCUUUACCAAACAAACAAGCAGUAGCAGAUUUACCACCAACAAUGGUUCGGAAGUUUCAGCCAUCUAAGAUAGCUAGUAACGGGUUAUCUCAAGCCAAUCAUUAUAAGUGCAUAUCCUGUUCAACCUCUCAUCCACUUCACACAUGUCCGGUUUUCGAUAGGUUAUCCGUGGGCGAGAGAGAACGUUUAUUACGUCAGUAUUUUUUAUGCAGGAAUUGUUUUCGGAAGGGGCAUAUGGCAAGGGAAUGUACAUCCAAAUUCUCUUGUCGACGAUGUAAGGAAAGGCAUCAUACGCUAGUCUGCUACAAAUCAGAAAAAGGAAACACGGAGCAGGAAGCUAACUCUAAUUGCAAGGAUACGAAGUCGGAGUCACAAACAACAACCAAACGCGUAGCUACGGCCUUAGCUACGGAUGGUCAAACCGUGAGCAGUAACGUUGGCAGGUCAGGUUCCCAAAUACUUUUAGCUACUGCGGUAGUACGAGUAAUUGAUGAUUAUGGUCAUGAGGUUUUCGCUAGAGCACUGCUAGAUUCGGGUUCUGAGUGCAAUAUUAUCUCUACUAAACUUUCACAAAAAUUACACGUGAAGAGAUUCAAGACGGAAAUGCAAAUAUCUGGUGUUGGCCAGCAGCCGGCAAAAACACGUGAGAAACUUGUGGCAACAGUGAGGUCCAGGGUUAACGAUUACGCCCAGUGUAUGGAAUUUCUGGUCUUGGCGAAACUAACAGAGGAUUUGCCAACGUCUGUUGUUAAAGGUGGAUGGGAUAUACCGAUGGGAGUUGAGUUGGCGGAUCCCGAAUUUUUUAAAACGAAUACCAUCGAUUUGUUACUUGGUGGUGAAUUUUUCUUUGACUUUUUCCCAAUGAAGCAAAGAGUAUCCCUAGGAAAGGAAAUGCCCAUGCUCGUGGAAUCCGUUUUUGGUUGGUUGGUUACCGGACGUUGUGGUUGGAGCCAGGUGGCAGCCACGACUAUUUGUCAGCUUUCAGUUGUUCCGGACACAAUGGAGCAGCUGAUAAGCAAGUUCUGGGAAUGCGAAGAAGGUCAUUCACCCUCAAACUAUUCGGUGGAAGAGACACGAUGCGAGCAGUAUUUUGUGGAGACAGUCAAGAGAGAAAAGGAUGGUCGUUACACGGUUGCGUUGCCAAAAUCCUACGAUUAUUUGACUCAACUUGGCGAGUCUAGAUCAACAGCUCUUAGACGUUUGAUGCUACUGGAAAGGAGACUUACGCGAGAUGAAACACUGAGAGAGGAAUACCAUUCUUUUAUGAAGGAGUACAUGGAUCGAGGACACAUGAGGAAAAUACAGAUCAACCCUGAUGAAACUACUGCGAGCUAUUAUCUCCCUCACCAUCCCGUUGUGAAGGAAACGAGCACUACAACCCGCGUUAGAGUGGUCUUUGACGCAUCCAGUAAGACGUCCACCGGUACAUCUUUAAACGAUGUUUUAUCAAACGGCCCCACCAUACAGGAUGACCUCCGCUCGAUUAUUUUGCGAAGUCGACUGUAUCCCAUUGUUUUAAUAGCGGACGUCGAGAAGAUGUUUCGGCAGAUUAAGAUGGAUGCUAAUGAUUUACCGUUACAACGGAUCCUUUGGCGAUUUUCUCCGGAACAACCAAUAGAUACAUACGAGCUUCUUACCGUUACCUAUGGCACAAAACCUGCGCCAUUCUUGGCCACUCGUACUUUGAAGCAGUUAUCACUGGAUGAAGCUGUUAGUUUUCCACUUGCAGCUGAGAGAAUGGCCAAGGACGUUUAUAUAGAUGACGUUAUAACUGGCGCGAAAGAUGUACAACAGGCAAGGAUUAUUCGAACCGAGCUGGACGACAUGUUGAUGAAAGGAGGUUUUCGCUUACGUAAAUGGGUCUCUAACAACACCGAGGCGCUUAUUGGAAUCGCCGAGGAAAACUUGGCACUGCCUAGGGGAGCAAGUAUCGACCUCGAUGGAGAACGCACGGUGAAAACUCUUGGGCUAGUGUGGGAACCAGAAUCGGACAAAUUCAGGUUCAAUAUUUCCUACGUGAAAAUACCGGAUACGGAAUUAACUAAACGGAAAGUCUUGUCAUGCAUUGCGAAGGUGUUUUACCCCUUAGGAUUGGUCGGCCCAGUAGUUACGAAAGCCAAACGGUUUAUGCAGCAAAUCUGGCAACUGAAGGAUAGAGAAGGCAUUCCUCUAGGUUGGGACGAUCUAUUGCCUUUUGACUUUGUAUCCCAUUGGAAAAUAUUUUAUCAACAAUUACCUAAACUGGAUGAGAUUCGCAUUCACCGAUAUGUAUCUCGUUCGGAUGCAACAUUGUUCCAGUUGCACACCUUUUGCGAUGCCUCGGAGAAGGCUUACGGAGCCUGUAUAUAUUUGCGGUCUCAGAAUAGUGAAAACCAGGUCAAAGUAGCUCUUCUUUCGUCUAGAUCUCGAGUCGCACCACUGGAACGCCAAACAAUUCCCCGGUUAGAACUAUGCGGAGCACGCCUAGCAACAGAAUUGCAUCGAAAGGUUAUCGGAUCGCUAGCUAUCAGCUGUGAAUCAUUUUUUUGGACGGAUUCGAAAACGGUGCUGCAGUGGUUAGCCCAGCCACCAAAUACAUGGACGACAUUCGUUGCACAUAGAGUUUCCUUUAUUCAGCAUAACACCCAAAACUGCCAUUGGAACCACGUACCAGGAAUACAAAAUCCAUCUGGCAUGGACCAACCUGGUUAG